UUUCCGGCUCUGCGCGAGCCGGCUAUAUAUUUUGUCCGCCAUUUUGCCCGUCAGCUCAGACGCAAAAAAAGAUUUUAUCAUAAACCAGUUAUAAUGGUCAAGCGGUGUUCUUGGGGUACGUGCAAUUCUGACAGUAGGUACCCAGAGAGAUUGGCAGGGGGAGUAACCUUUAUUCCGUUCCCAAAACUUGGAAGAACACGCGAUAAAGCCAGGCGAUGGAUACGUUUAUGUGGACGACCGUACGAGAAGUUAAACGAAGAGAUACUGGCAGAGCGGAGAAAAGCAAAACAUCUGUUUGUGUGUUCGAAGCACUUUUUAAAUGGUCAACCAGAUCCUAUCUCUGCUCCACAUUAUGAGUAUAUUGAGAAAUCAAAGACUUCAAGAGUUUCAAUAAAAUCUGAACAGGUGGAGGAUGAAAUCUGUGAAGAAUAUACCCUGAAUGAUAAAAUGACAGAGAGAGAGAAUAUAGUAGUUGAUGCUGCCACAGAUGUAUUAUCCAGUCGAAUUUUGAAGAAUGAAAGUAUUCCAACAGUGCCGAUAGAAGACAGUUUAACAAAGAAUAUACCAUUCCAUAAUUCUGAACUAGAUGAAACUGAUGAUGUUAAAACUUUCCAUCAGUGUGUUGUAUGCGAUGAGAUUUUUGAAGAGUACAGUGAUCUAGAAGUUCACAAUAAAAUACAUAUUAAAGUGGAGAAAACCGAUGAAUUAGAUGAAGCCUGCCGUAUAGACCUUGAAGAUAAGACAACUGAUGUAGAAAAUCAUAGUAAAAUACAUGUUAAAGAAGAGCAAGCUGAUCAUGAUAGAAAAAUCCACGAGUGUAAAUUAUGUGAGGAAAAAUUUGAAUUGUACACCGACUUAAAAGAACAUUGUCAAAUACAUUUUAAAGAAGAGGAAUCAACAGAAUGUACAUUUCAUGAAAUAUGUUACAAAACCAUUAAUCAUGAGAAUACCAGCAAAAAUACGAACUCAUCCGAUGUCGGAGAAACCCUGGAAGAGAAUUGGAUUCACCCUUGUAAGAAAUGUGGUAAAAUGUUCUCGAUGAAGACUGAACCAAAAAAAACUAUUAAAACUAAACGUAAAAAACAAUACAAGUGUCAUGUGUGUCGUGAAACAUUUACCCAUUUUAAUUCUUUACAAGAACAUGCAAAAACACAUGGUCCUUUAAAAUGUCCUGUGUGCAAUCAAUUUUUUAUCCAUCCGUCCGAUAUUCGUACUCAUAUGGCAGAUGACCACGGAGCUUUUACUUGUCAUAUUUGUCAAAUUUGUCAGAAGAUGUAUGUUAAUUUGACAGACAUUGAAGCCCAUAUCAGAGAUCAUAGUGCUUUUAAUUGCGAUACUUGUAGUAAAUUAUUUACUGUUUUUCCCGAUCUGUACAUUCAUAUCAAAAAAUCUCACGGCUCGUUGAAGCCGUUUAAAUGUGAUGUUUGUCAGAAAUCGUACACACACCUGACAAAUCUGAAACUUCAUUAUGAGGUUUACGAUGACAUGAAGCCAUUUAUGUGUCUCAAGUGUAGGAAAUCGUUUAAUUGUGAGUGUAAUUUUGAAAUCCACACAAACAACUGCAACUCUAAUUAAAAACUCCCAUCAACAACUCUCAUCAACAACUCCCUCAUCAACAAUCCACAUCAACCACUCUACCAUCAACAACUUCCCCAUCAACAACUCACAUCAACAACUCUCAUCAACAACUCUCAUCAACAACAACUCCAAUCAACAACUCUCAUCAUUAACUUGCAUCAACAACUCUCAACAACCUCCAUCAACAUUUCCCAUUAACCCAAAAUCUCAUACAUAAAUUACAUCACAGAUACAUAAAAUACAAUAUACAUUAAUUACAUUAUAAAAAAAUUAAAUCUCAGAUACAGAAUUUACAUUAUACAUUAAUUGCACUAUACAUAAAUUACUUUAUACAGAAAUGACAUUACAGAUACAUGAAUUGCAUAUACAUGAAUUACAUAAGAUACAUAAUUACACUAUACAGAAAUUACAUUACAGAUACAUAAAUUAAAAUAUACAUAAAUUAAAAUAUACAUAAAUUACAUUAAUCAUAAAUUACAUAACAGACACAUCAAUUACAUGAUUGCAUUACAUUUCACAUGCAUUAAGUACAUGUUCAUAAUACAUUACACAUAAAUUAUAUUUAUAUACAGUACAUUACAGAUACAUAAAUUACAUUAAACAUAAAUUACAUUAUACAUAAGUUAUAUUUAUAAUAUAUAUACAGUGCAUUAUACACAAAUUACAUUAAACAUCAAUUACAUUAAACAUCAAUUACAUAUACAUAAAUUAGAGGGACAUGUCUUCCCAUACUUCAAAGAGAAUUUGUUUAUGAAAAAUAGAAAGCCACCAAUAAUCCCAAUGUCAUAACUUCUACAAUAUUAUUACUUGUACCCUUCACUGAUUAAUAUUAAUUUAUCGUAAUUCCACAGUUUAUUCUGACCUUUUCUCAGAUUUAUAUUUGUUCAUGUUUAAUUAUAAAAUAUAUUUAAUUUUGUUGUUUUUGUCUUCCUU